CAUUUAGAAAACUGGGUCAAACCUCAUCCCCAUCGUCGCCACAUCAUUCCAGAUAUGUCAGUGGUCAUUCGAGGCGCAAAGAGGGAGGACUGUGCUGCUAUACAUGGGUUGAUUAAGGAACUCACCGAGUUUGAAAAGUAUCCAGAGGGUGUAAAAACUACAUAUGAAGAGCUUGCCAGUCAUGGGUUCGGUUCCCGCGCCUUCUUCUAUUGUAAAGUAGCAGAAACAACAGAAUCUAAUCGAGGUGAAACUGAGAAGAAAAUUAUUGGUUAUGGGCUGUAUUAUUUCACCUACUUGACUCUAGAAGGUCCAACAGUAUACCUCAGAGAUCUAUAUGUGGCAUCGGCUUAUCGUGGUAAAGGAACAGGCACUGCCCUCUUCAGGGCUGUUGCCAAGGCGGCUAUCGAAGAAAAGUGCGCGGUUAUGACGUGGAGAGUAUUUGACUGGAACAAACCAGCUAUCGAGCUGUACCAAAAAUUAGGCGGAAGUGAUAUAACUAAAGAGGAGCAAUUGCGCACGUUUUGCAUGAAAGGAGACACUCUGCAGAAAGUUGCAAGCGAGAGUGCAUUUUGAUAAAAAAAUAUGAAGUGACACAGAGCAUAUUCAGGACAGAUUGGCCGACCCCGCUUAAAAGCAAUCCGCUUUAUUCCCGGAUUAAAUCUUGACUCUGAGGUUUAAUUUCUAGGCCCCCUGCAGCGACGGCGCGUGUAGAGGCGGGGAGAACAGCAUGAGAUUAUAGCGGCAUUGCUUUUUAGUUAGUCGGCCAUAUUUAGUCCGCGGAUCAACUUGUGCUGAAUGCGCUCUAACAGAUCCACGGAUCAAAGUGCUAGUUUAACGUGUAUAUUACGUACGGUUUAUCAUGGUGAUUGGAAUUAAAUCGUCUUUGAAAAAAGCAUUAUAAGGUAGAGGCAUUUACUUGGAAAUCAAGCUUUUUAUUCAUGAAAAGAUUGCUGCGUCUUCCUUGCAUUUAUCUGCUUUUGUGAAAUAAACGGCGUUACAUUUGCUUUUUAUGAGGAAAAGUGUAAAUUCCUUUAAAAACAGUAUAAAUAUUAAUAUUAUUUUUAGAAGUUUUUAUUUCCAUUCAAAUGAACAAGCAAAUAAAUGAAUUAAUACAUAUCUGUAAUAGCUGACUACUGAAAUACAACAACACCCUUACAAAAAUAUUUAUUGGCAAAAACAUUUAUUCUUUAUUGUUGAGGAAAAGCAGAACGGUAACAUUACUGUUGUAUAUUGGCAACUUUAGGGUAUAAAAUAUGACCGAAGCAACUUCUUGCUUGUGAGAUUGUUAGCCUAGUUCGGUCAAGCGUGAAUAAUGGUCUAAAACCAACUUAAUUCUGGGAGGUAUCACCAAAAAUUUACUAAAAGCAGCUCAAAUUAACGAAAAGCAAUUCCAAAUUCAUACAAAUUUAGGGCCUCUUAAACGAUAUUUGCCCUUUUCUAGCACUAGCCUUAAAUUUGGAAUACAAAUG